AUGGCUUCGACCGACUUUUGCAUCUCAAAAGAAAGACUGCGGGUCUUUCGGGAAUGUUUGAAAGCAACCACUACGACUCCGGAAGUUCUUCCGGACGGUGAUGACCUCUGGAAGGAUGGUUGGAGAAUUGUGGUUGAACUCUUGGAUCAGGCAGAAGGCAUGGCGCACUCGCAAGGGCAGCUGGACUGUGCGAAAUGCAUUGAAAGAUGCAAUCGCAUGAUUGAGAAAGUCAUGUCUGAGGAAAUGGCUGUGCUUCCAGACGUCUGUCGUCUCUGGACUCGGAACACAGACUGGGAUGGGCACUGGCCGCGGUUUGUGGAAAGGGUAGGUGCAUAUCAUCUGCGGCAGGUGGAAGAAGCGAUCCCCGCGCUGGAGCAGCUGCGGCUGCGCUGGCAGGAGGAGACUGAAAACAGUCUUCCAGAAGCCUCGUGGUUGUACCAGGCUGAGUGCCAGCUAGAAUCGAUGAGGGAGACGUUGGUGGCUUGCGGCAUGGCGGACCGUCGCGUAUGUCGCUUGUGCGGCCUGGAGCAUGCUUCUGCUGCGGGCAGGAUGCAUGGUCGCUCCUUCUUUUGCACUGGUUGCUGGUCAGCAAAAGCGAUGCUGCAGCGCAACUUGGGAGACAGGACUGAACUGAAAGAUUUCAGUCCGGCCGAGACGCACUCCUUCUUUCGCGCCAUUGCGAAGGAAAAGGAGAAGCAGGGAGGUCGCAUUCAGUGGGUCACCGUGCGGGCCACACUUGUGAGAUCUCUGACAGAUCGCAGGAUCUCCACUUUUCGUGCUACGUGCACCCAAAAGGAGUUACCUCUGUUGGUCUGGGUUAACCAAGGCUGGGACAAGACCCUCGUGGAAGCGUGUCCCAAUCGGUUUUCCGAAGAACUGGGCACGCAAGUGUACGCUGUCCCCGUGCGGGAAUUGUCGUGGGGAGAAGAGUAUGCAAAGAUUGAGGAGCAAGUCCUGCGACAUGAGAGAGAGGGACAGAAAAGCAAAGGUGGAAAAAAGAAGAAGGAUAACGCUGCCAACGCAGAGGCGUCAUCCGAUGGAGAAUUGGAUUUGCCGGCUGCGGAAGGCAGUGUGUCCGAUAAGAAAGGAAAGCCGGAGGUGGACCGCAAGAAGUUGUUGGCGAAGAACGUUGCGUUAGCUGACAAAGCCGCUAAGGCCUUGGGUCCCUUGCAAGGCACGGCCACAGGUGUCGCGAAGUUGCUGGAAAAAGUGGAGAAAAGCGGCUGUGAGAUUCCUGAGGGAAUCAAACAGUCGAAAGAUGAUUGCAUGGGCAAGCUCGAGACCUGGGCGACGGCGGCUCGUGAGUGCAUCAACGUGCAUGAGUCGACCCGCGAGCUGUGGAAGGACGCUGGUGGCGAUCUGCUGCCUUUGACGGCUUUGCCGUUCGAAGGCAAUGAUGUGAAGUUGCUGCUAAAGCAAGCAACGGAAGUGCAGAGCACAUUGCGUUCCCUGCUGCCCAAAAAGGAGGCGAAGGCGAAGGCGGCGCCCAAGGCCAAUGCUGCGGCGAAAGCGUCGCCCAAGAAGAGGGCAGCUCGCAGCCACGACAGUGAGGGCGGUGACAAGCGCCGCAAAACUGGCAAGAGCCCCCCUUGA